CAUGAAUUGGAAUUUUCCUCGUCAUCUUAUCCGGAGUCUGCCAGAUUUUGUGGCUUCACAAUUCGAAAUCUCUUCCCCCCACUUAAGUUCGCCCCCACCCUUUUCUGCCCGCUUCGCUGCCUUCCUUGUCUGACCUUCCGCUUCGAAACUUGCUGAUCCCAAUUCCUACAUUCCCUGCCAACUUCAAAUAGCUCCGCGAGGAUUCGUCAACCACUUGUUCUACUGGGAACUGCCGUUUGCUGGUGGAAAGAUGGAGAGAUUUUCUCAAAGCGAGAGCAUCCUCUUGGGCUACAAUCAUCAAAGGCCGUCCACGAAUCCGAGCACGCCGCUCCGAAACUCGGACGUUGAUUUCCACGAUGUGUUCGGGGGCCCGCCGAGGCGGUCGUCAAUUCAGGAGAUGCCUUACGGUAUCGGCGAAUCGCCGGAUUUCAGCGCAUCGCGAAUGGAGGAGGAUGGUGUUUGUUGCGCCUGGCCUUGUGUUGGCGAGAAACCUGUGUUUGGGGAAGAUAAUUUGAAUAGAAGGCGGCACACAAACGAUAACUUCUACGACGAUAUAUUUGGAGGAGAUGAGUCUCCGUGUCGCACUCCUGUGAAGCAUGAACGACACCCUUUCUCUUCGACGCCAGCUUCCAGAAUUUUGAGCCCUGCCCCUCCUCUACCUCCCGCACCUGCUUCACCUGCUCCUCCUCCUCUCCCUCCAACAUUGAGCCUUCCCGCCAAAUUGACAAAAGGGACGGACCUUCCGACGUUUGGUUCCCCUACUAGAAGCCUACGCACGAGUGCCGCUUUAAAUGGCUUGAGCUCUUCAGAUUCUCCAGCCACUCAUCUAUCAAGAUUUUCAAGCCACGCUACUCAAGGUAAGGAGGAGUUAAACAACGGUUCGGGAACCCUACGGCCAAGUCGCUCAUCACACGAGAUUUCAGACUUGAGCGUAUCUGACAAAGCAGACAAAGGAGGCGAUAGUGCAGGUCAGUUUCAUUUCUCAAUAUAUAAAUGGGCAAGUAAAGGGGCGGUGCCACUAUUGAUGCCUCUCAGGACAGAAAGAAACUCAAGAACAAAAGAAAAUGUUAAACUUGAGAGAUGCACAAGCGCUAAGGAUUGGAUAGCAAGAGAAAGUACCUCACAGAGUGAUGGUUCUUUAGCAAAUACCAGCUCCUCUUCGUUGAAAAGCAGACAACAUUGUUCAGCUACUUUCGUAACCUCUCAAAAUGUGACAGAUUCGCUAGACGAAAGAGGUUCUGCGAAACCUAAUUUGACAUCCUUAAGCACACUUCAAAAUGUUACAAAAGAUGUUUCCGGUAGUUCUUUAUCAUCUGACGCUAAAGCAGAAUCAAGUAUCAACUCUGUAAGUGAGAAAGAAGUUUCUGGAAAAAUGAAAGAGGAGUUAGUUCAGACAAUUAAAACUCACAAGGCUGAGUCAAAAUCGUCACAUUCUCUAUUCAGCAAGAGUGAUGGCACGCAAGAUUAUCUUGAGAAGAUUAAAAUGGAGAAGGGAAAAGAAAGCAAAACUAUGAAGCCAUCUGCUCUUUGCGACAUUAGUACUAAUUGGAAGAAACAGGUAAAAAAGACAGUCGACUUGAAGGAUGUAGAAGCAGCUAAAGCUGCGUUGCAAAGUUCGUUAAGAUUGGAUGAGAAUAUGGAGAAUGUCAAGGUGAAAGGGAAAGUCAAAGAAUUUGUUCGAAUAUUCAACCAAGAAGCUUUUACGAAGCCGAGAGUUGGCACCAAAUCGUAUGAAUACAAGCUGAGAAGUGUUUUACGAAGAACAGAAGAAGCGGAAGAUAGUCCUCAACUGUCGAAGAAAGAGGACUCUGCCACAGAGACUACCAACAUUUUUGGUAAUGAUUUGUCUCGGCAGGAUGAUAUCUCAGCAACAGAUAACGCAAUUCCUGAUAGUACAGUUACAGUUGAAGACGGGCUUUUCCAUGGGAAUUUUCUGGUAAAGGAGCUAGCGCAAGAUGAGAAUGAAGUAUUGCAAACCCAGGAUAAUGAAGAAAUCAAAGUCAUUGAUGAUAAGAUACGACAAUGGUCUAACGGGAAGCAAGGAAAUAUACGGUCCCUGCUAUCAACAUUACAAUAUGUGCUUUGGCCUGACAGCGGCUGGAGGCCUGUGCCUCUUGUUGAUAUAAUCGAAGGAAAUGCAGUCAAAAGAGCAUAUCAAAGAGCGUUACUAUGUCUACACCCGGACAAGCUGCAGCAGAAGGGUGCUGCUUCUCAUCAAAAAUACAUUGCAGAAAAAGUUUUUGAUAUUCUGCAGGAGGCAUGGACUCAUUUCAACAUGCUUGGUGCUGUCUAACCUCUGUCAUUACCAAUACAGAGGGGCAAAGAAACCCUGAUGAGAAUUUGCUGUCUGUCAACGAUGAGAUUGAUCCCUAUAGCAACUUCAUGUGAUUACUUGGUCACGGAGCUGCAGCUAUCUCUUGAGGUAGAGUGUAAAUGAUUGACUCCACAAAUGUACAAUUUUCAAUGCUGGCAUGGAUUUGGAUCCCUUGGAGAGCCUAUUUCGUGCAAUUGCUCAAUUGCAAUUAUGCAUGCAACACAUUUUUUAUUAAAAUUUUUUAAUUUUAUUUAUGACAUUUUUUUUCAUUCCAAUACACUACAUUUGAGCACAGCUCAAAAAUAGGUACUGCAAGUAAUCCAAAUCUGGCUAAAAUACACCCGAGAGCUCUCUUUUGUCCCAGUGCAGAAAUUUUCGUAUGUAUUUGUAGCAGAUAAAACACUGUACGCAUUGCAUGUUAAAAUUAUCGGGCUCCUAUUAUGGGAUGUUUUCUGAGGUGGUCUUCCAGUACAAGCCCCUCGUUGUUUCUUCAUCCUUCUUUUUCGUCAGAAGCCUUCGCGGCAGCGUGUCUCAUUUCUGUUGCUGCUGCUUCUUUGUACUUGAACUUUUUAUUGUCGUUGAUGAAGAAAAUUCUUCUGAACGCUCAAA